GAGUACUCUUGCCUUUGAGAGAACAUGAGUACUUAAGUGGGGGAGUCCUGCCGCAUGACUGACGGGCCUGAGUAAGACCCAACACAGUUAGGGCUCACGCGUCGUACUGUUAACGUACUCGGUCUGCUCUUGAGCUUUUGAAGACUGAUAAGUUCUUCGUUAUGGAGAAUUCGUGAGAUGUCUCCUUUUUCUGUGACAUCAAGAGGCAUUUUGGGUACGAUCAUUUCGCGUACAGCGAACAAGAUAUCAUUGCAUCGCAACAACAUUGGGGACAUUUGCACAAUCUUGUUGCGGAUUUUUCUUGCCAGUGAUAGUGGUGGACUACGUUAUCUUCUCGCGCGUGAUCCAUUGAUCGAAUUAGUGCGUGUGAUUAGGAUGCUAAUCGAGUGACACACAGUGUGCAUUGUGCUUUGGAUAGAUUUACAACAAAAAUUUUCCUUCUGAAAUCGUAGAGACGAUAUCAGCUUAGGUGUUGCAAAUCGAAGCCAAAGAAUGAGAGAAGCCGACAAUUCAACGAACACAAGAGUUCAACACAAGAAGUUCAACAUGAAGAACGCAAACUAUAUUCAAAAUUUCAAUGACUAUCGGACUAGCAACAGGUUGGAUAAGUCACGUCCCGAUAGUCCGGAUAGUGGCUACAAAUCUUUCGAGACUUCGCCUGAACAUUUGAUUAAUUCAAGGUGCAUAGCAUCAAUUUGGGAAAAUCCAAGAGACUAUAACUACCGCUUUCAAGUUACACAAUAUCUCGUACAUGCAGAUUUCAAUGACACUUUGCGAGCUAAUACGCAACGUCAACCAACAGAGUGUGAGAGUCUUGCCAAUCUCGUAAAUUCUAUCCCGACAACAUCGUCGUAUCGCAAUGAGCUGAAUUUUUUGUCAUCGGCAGAAAUAAAUAAAAACAAGUCGCAGACAAACGAACAGAAGGAUAACGUACAGCCUCUCACACAAAAACCCGAUAUAUCUUCUGCAUACACACCCUCAUACAGACAGAUCGAAAUUCCUUCCUUUCUGCAACAAGCAACCACAUUUACAACAUCAUCAAAGGAAGAAUACACUACUCCGAAUAUAACAUCAACGAACAAAGGGAAUACUAUUAAUAUUGAAAAUCUAGCGGCAAGAGCGGUUGUUGCUGAAAAUUGCAAUAAGCAAUUUUACGAAGCAGACAAGUUCUCCAUCGACGAAAUCUCUGAGAUUUUCAAUUCGCUACAGCAGGAACAAUUCUCUAAUUCUGAUGGAUUAUCGGAUGCAAGAGUCAUAACAUCUGAACAACCUAAAAUUUCUAAUUUGGCGAAGACGUACGUAUUGCCGGACUAUUCUCCGACCAUUAGCUUGAACAAUUCCGAAUUCCCGAUUACGGUAUCAUCGAACAGCGAACAGAAGACUCAACAAAAACAACAGCUACAAAAAGAGCAUAACUACUUUCAGAAUUUGGAUACUUAUAUGAAAGCAAGAUCAGACGAAGAAUUCGUGGUAGGUGCGAAUACAAAUAUCAAGUUCGAUCCAAUUAUUUUCAAGCUGCCACCUCCCUAUCCAAGAAAUAACAUCGAAAAAAACCGUGCACCGUUAGCGCAGUACGUGAUCGUGCCAAAUUUUUCAAAUACCAACAUUUCGCCAACAUCGAACAUUGUAACUGAGAUGAAAUACGAGACACAGUCGGGUCCACCGACGACGCCGUCGCACUUGACUUCUUCCGGUGUCGAACCGCCGCAUAGCAGUCAGACUUCUGGAAUCGUGAUGGGUGAUUCACCAGCCGAGGUUGUCGGUGUAGACAGCUUGUUGUUGUCUUCUUGGGCCACAAAUGGACCCGAAUUCCUUGAGGGUGGAGUACCAGACGUGAAACAAACGGCCGGAUUUCAAGAUGCUUCGUGGGAUUCACUUAUGCUAAAUUCGACUGUCAACGUCGCCUCGGCUCAAUCGUUAAUGGAAAUAAAGGGUCCACUUCCAUCUUUCACUAAUUACACGGGACACCUUUCAAUCAACGGCAUAUCUGGCCAUCACUAUCACGCGAUAGCCUCAUCCGGUCAGAGAUCAUCUGUACCAUCCGCAUCGCCGACACCCUCCUCUAAUCAGGAAUAUUACGAACCGCCCGUAGUGUCCUCGAGUACACCAUGUCCGCAGGUAAGUCAAAAACAUCAGCCACAAAAUCAUCAGCAACCACAACAACAGCCACAGCCUCAAAAUCAACACCAGCAACAACAACUGCCACAGUCGACGCAACAGAUGGAGUACGAUAUUGAGGAUAUAGCGGAGAUUAUUGGUUCCGCGAUAGCAGACACAACGGUGCCAGGAAACGGAAACGGUCCUAGUUCGGAGCAAACUUCGGAUUCAAGGGACGACUGGAUAGAUAUCGCCGAUUGGAUUGAUAUAGCGCAUGAAUGCUCGCCCAAGACCCAAGAGACCACGUCGCCCAAUUCAUUCGCACCACAGAUUUACGUGACCACGACGCCGACCAUGCCGACUCAACAACACGCUGGUUCCACGCUACAAAAUCUGCUUACGCAGAGCUAUGCGCCCCUACUGCAAGCGAGAUUGCAGGCCGGCAAUGCCGGUCUUCAAAACACAUCCUGUGGCGAAACGCCGUCAUCGACGAGCCCUUAUCCACCUCUCAGCCCGCCAAACCGAGUGUCAACGUCUUGCAGCCCUGAUGACCUCUUACACUCGUCUUUCGCUACUCCUUCGCAUCCUAGAAAAAGAUCGCGAUCCUCGCCGGGUUCCGGACAGAAUCCGAACAAGAAGAAUCCGGCCCUCAAUACAGCAGUAUUACCAUACGGAACGGAAUCCGAAGUGAUUGGCAAUCCAAAGAAGCCCGUUCAUAAGUGUCACAUAUGCAACAGGGCAUUCUUGAAUAAGAGCAAUAUUAAGGUGCAUUUGCGUACACACACGGGCGAGAAACCAUUCAAGUGUGAUGUAUGCAGUAAGGCUUUCAGACAAAAAGCGCAUCUUAUCAAACACCAGCAGAUUCACAAAAGGGGCGGCAGGGAAUAAAUUCUUUCUUUGAUUGAAGGGACACACUUUAUAUAAUAAAAUCGAUUAUUCUAAUGAUAAAUAACAUAGGUAAAGACAUAUAAUAAGAAUAGACUUAUAAACAUACUUAAAUUAUGCUAUAUCGUACCUAUGAUACAUGGCGAUAAUGCGGCCAUCGUAGUGACAGUAUACAGUAUGUGAUCAUUCUCAUUAGAAUUCGUUGAUUUAAAUGUGUCCCUUUAAUUGGAGAAAGAUAAGCGGAUACAAGUCCGCUACUAAUUUAAUGGAGAUAAUUAUGGCCGACAUUCAAAAUAGCGACAUAUAAUAUUAGUUUUAAUACAUAAUUCCAUGCAUGUCUUAAGACAUGCAUGGAAUUAUGUAUUCUAAUAUUCCAUUAAGCUCACAAAUUAAAGAUUGGAUAACUAAUUGAAAUUGAAUUGAUAACAUAUUCAAACUCUUCUCUGAACAUCGCAUUUUUAUUCAAGAUUUUUAUUCUUUAUUUUUUGCAAUGAAGCUAUAUCAUAAGCUGAAUAAUUAAACAUCGAUUAUUAUUAUUGUGUAUUUCAAAAUUACUAUUUUUUUAUUUUUGCGUAUUAAUUUUAAAAUUAAGCCAAAAAUAUAAAAUAAUAUUCAUUUUUUUAAUUACAAAAAAAAAAUUUUAUAACAUUUUUACUAUUGGUAAGUUUGGUCAUAAAUUGUUUGCCAUUUUCUUGCAUUGCAAGUUUAAUGAUGAAUUCUGCGUUUUACACCUCGUGUAAUUAUAUAGCAGAUAAUCUGAAAAUAUAAGAUAAUUUUGUCUUUUUUUUCUCAAAAUAUAUAUAGCAAUUUUUAUAUUCGACGAACGAAGUGUGAUGUUCGAUUAGCUUAAUUGCAAAAAGUAAAAAAUAAAAAUUUUAGCGAGUAAAAAAUGCCCUGUUUAAAAAAAGAUUUGAAUAAUUCAAAUAUCAUCUAUUAUAUUACAUCUUCACUCUCGAUAAGAAAUAACUCUCCAAAUAUGCCUUUUUAAUAAAGACAGUAAAGCCUGAUUAUCAAAAUUAUGCAAAGUUAUAAAAUAUUAUCUACUGAUGAUAUUUUUAUAAGAAUCUGAAUUCAUGCAGAAAUGAAUUCAUCAAAAUCGUGUUGUACAUUUAUAUGUUACGGUGAUUUUAUAUAAAACAAACUUUGACAUUACAAUACUAUAUAAUCUUUGAAAUUUUGACGAAAUUAUUGAUCAUGUUUAUAAUGCUUAUUUUAUGAAAGAACUGAUAAACUUUAUUUAUU